AUGGCGGCUUUCUGAGUUUACGAAGAGGGAAAAAAAUAGCUAAUGUGUAAAUAAGGCAACUGUACAUUGUUUAGAGAGUAUAUUAGUUGUUUGGGGUGUUGAUGAGCUGUCGUACGGAGAGAAAUCAAAGAUGGCGAGUGACGGAAGUAAAAAGCAGUUCUGGAAAAGGAACACAGCGAAGGUUCCUGGCAGUAUACAACACGUCUAUGGAGCCCAGCAUCCUCCAUUUGAUCCUCUCCUACAUGCUAAUUUGAUCAAAGCCGGUAACAAGCCACCUGCGACGAGCACGCCCGGGAAGCCAAAGAAAGCCACCACCUUCCAGGAGUUCGAAAGCAUCACGAGCGACGCCUGGGAUGUGGGCGACGACGACGACGAGCUAUUCGCCAUGGCUGCUCAGAACCUCAACCUCGAGGUAGUGAUGGAGACGGCCAACAAGGUGAUCGAGAACCACAGCAAGCAGCAGGAGCGACGACAGCAGCAGCUCGACGAGCCUCCCGGGCCUGAGGAGAAAGACGGGAAGGAGGAGCAGGACAAAGAUGAAGAGGAGAGGCUGGAGGAGGAGGAGACGACCGCGGAGCUGUCGUUUAGCUCCGAGCGUUUCCAUCACAGUGACAACAGGCUGGUGAAGUCCCACAGCGAGGCACCGAUCGGAUCUCCAAAGGAGAUGAGUGGCGAGCGGGCAGCGCUGUACAGACAGCAGUCGCUCCCUCACAGGCCGGUCAUCCCCCUGGUGGCCCGCAUGGCUGAUCAGAACACAUCAGGAACUCCUGCCAUGACUGAGCGAGAGGCUUCCAGAUUAGACAAGUUCAAACAGCUUCUGGCUGGACCGAACACAGACCUCGAAGAGCUUCGGAAGUUGAGCUGGUCAGGAAUCCCACGGCAAGUGCGUCCCAUCACGUGGAAGCUUCUCUCAGGUUACCUGCCUGCCAAUGCCGAGCGCAGAGCCAGCACGCUUCAGAGAAAACGGCAGGAGUACUUCGGUUUCAUCGAGCAGUACUACGACUCCCGCAAUGACGAGCAUCACCAGGACACCUACAGACAGAUUCACAUUGACAUACCGAGAACUAAUCCUCUUAUUCCUCUCUUUCAACAAGCUUCUGUGCAAGAGAUCUUUGAGCGGAUUCUGUUCAUCUGGGCCAUCCGGCAUCCCGCCAGCGGUUACGUCCAGGGCAUCAACGAUCUCGUCACACCCUUCUUUGUCGUCUACAUCUUUGAGUAUAUCGAGGAAGAGGUGGAAAAUUUCGAUGUUUCCAGCUUGCAGGAAGAGGUGCUGCGGAACAUCGAGGCUGACAGCUUCUGGUGCAUGAGCAAGCUGCUGGAUGGCAUUCAGGACAACUAUACUUUUGCCCAGCCGGGGAUCCAAAGGAAGGUGAAGGCUCUGGAGGAGCUGGUGAGCCGAAUCGAUGAGACGGUCCAUCGGCACAUGCAGCAUUAUGAGGUGGAAUACCUGCAGUUCGCCUUCCGCUGGAUGAACAACCUGCUGAUGAGAGAGCUUCCUCUGCGUUGCACCAUCCGACUGUGGGACACCUACCAGGCCGAGCCCGAGGGCUUCUCCCACUUCCACCUGUAUGUGUGUGCUGCUUUCUUGGUGCACUGGAGGAAGGAGAUUUUGGAGGAGAAGGACUUCCAGGGCCUGAUGAUCCUACUGCAGAAUUUACCCACCAUGCACUGGGGCAAUGAGGAAGUGAGUGUGCUUCUGGCUGAAGCCUACAGGCUCAAGUUUGCCUUCGCAGACGCACCCAACCACUACAAGAGAUGAGGCUUCCAGCGGCACGACUACUGAAAUCAGACUCUCGAUGACCCACCCUGACACUUCUCAUGGCCCAACAUUAAAAAAAAAAAAAAAAACACAACUCUAAAAACACGCUAAUAGCCCUUACAAGAUUCCUGUUGGCCCACCCUGAAACUCCUGAUGGCCCACACCGAGACUCCUGAUGCUCCACCCUUAACUACUGUUGGGUGGUCCAACCCUACCAAGACACCUGAUGGUCCACCAUGAGACUUUGCAUGGCCCACCAUGAGAGUAAUGAUGGCUCACCCUGGGGUUAUUAAAAUUCCACAUCGAAAAUCCUAAUGGCCUCUCCUGAGGCUACCACCUGAGACUCUCCAUGGCUCAGCCUCAGACUCCCAAUCAGUUGGUACAGGACUGUGUUUACAGUACGUGACGCGGUGUAAAACUGUAGUCUUUUAUUUUUCCUUUCACUUCCAGCUCUGUUCUUACUAACCAACGCGCUCCGGACAUCAAUUAUCCCCUGUCUAUCUAAUCAAGCCAAAAAACAAGACUCUAAAGCAAAGGUUUCUCUCCAAAAUAAGUAACAGAUGGGUUUUUCUUUCUUUUUUUUUCUGUCCUUUUUACAUUUUCGUCCCUCCAACACCUAAAAGGUUCCACGGCGAAGGUUUUGUGUAGGCUGCUAAAAUCUUUGCCAGUUUAUUACAAAAUCCUGUGUUCUGGACUGGCUCGAAUAGAAUUACUAACACUGAGAGGUUGCAUGGCUGUGUGGGAGUGUGGUUGACUGAGAGGAAGAGUGUCUGGCACAAAAUUUCAAGAGUAAUAGCUGGAAGUACGCUUUUGCACUGAGCAGUCUCCAUUAGGAAUCUCCCGUACAGCUGCAGGUCAGGAGUGCGCGGCGUUAAAGGCAAUAAUGACACAUUACUCAGACAAGAAGACAGAAUCGAGAUACUUAUCCAUGCAUUCGGUGGACUAGCUUAAAAAAGAAAAGAGCACCCAGAGGAAGUGAGACGAAAAGGACACUUUAUUUAAACCUAGGUCUACCUCAGGAGCCGGCCGGUGCGGAUCGGCAGUCAGAUGGAAUGCAGUACCUAGGCCGUUCAUCUGUCAGAACAAUAGCCAUGAUGUUCGUUCCCUGAACGCCUGUCUUGAUUCUUUUUUUUUACUAGGAUUAAUAAGAUUUGCCUUAAUUUGGCUACUUUGAUUCGGCUAGAAACAGACACUCGCCGUCACAAAGCGGCUCGUCUAUAGAAUUCUAGCUGCUUAAAUCAAUUAGCCUUCCACAUGCUUAAUGGCUUGUCAUUUCCAACCUCUGUUUGGAGUUCUGAUCCAUACUUGUUGCAUGAUGCUUUCAUUAGUAAGUGCGUUCAGGGCAUAAAAGCUCUCCACAAAGUACGUAGUGGCAGUCCUUUGUGCUUCGUUCAAUCAUGUUGUCAGGCUUUUCAUUUUUUCCCUGCCAGUUCUUAAAUCUAAUGAUAUAUGUGAAGCGAAAGAAAAUGCACUCUAUUUUCCUCAGUUUUGUAUAAAUCAGCCUUUUUUUUAACACACAAACAUACAAGUCAUUGUUUUUUUUAAUAUAAUGUUUACAUAUGCCUCUUAAGUUGUGCCUAACGUCAGAGUAGUGUAUACCAUCUCAGAUAUUUAUUAUGAACAUUGACUAACCGCGAGUAGGCUUGUGCUGAUAUGGCGUUUUUUUUUUUGUUGUUGUUUUUUUUAAACACAUCGCAGUGUUGCAUUUAAGAAAUAAAUGACCAAUAAAUGCAGUGCU